UUUCUAACAAGGGUUGCAUCUUUAGCCUACUUAAUGCAAUUUAACGAAGAACAGUCAUAUUGAAUAAACAGAAGUAAUGAAAUUAUUACGUAUUAGUUAUUCGAGUUUUUUCUUUUAUAAACCGUAUAUUUGGGCUGGCAAAAAGUCGUCCGCAUGUUGUUUUGAGUUAUGUACUAAUAACAGAUUCAAAUAGUCUCUGAGAGGACAGUUUGCAGCAACCUUUGGUUAACACGGUACAUGUUUUGCAUAGUGUGGUUUUGGGACCAAAACUGUAAGCUGUGCGUCCGUAGUUCAGGCGACUGUUUCCGGGACCAGAUGCGCUACAUGAUGAGGUCUCUGCAGGAUCUGAAGCAGAUACGAGAACCCGCCGACCAAUCAAAGUGCUCGUACGCGACUCGAGCCUGUCAAAAAAGGGCGCAACAGCGGGAGCAGCUCAGUCGCCUGCGGAUCUCUGACGUCAGCGACGCCAGCACCUACGACUCCGCCUGCUGCCUGGCCAGUCCGCUGGAGGAAGAGGAGGAUGAGGAAGCCAGGGUUGACCGUCUACCUCAAGGCUCCCCGUGCAGCGUGAAAAGCCUGGACUUUGAUUCAGGAUACUCUGAAGCAUCGUGGCAGGACGAGGGUGUGGUGUUGAGGCGUACGAGGAAUGUACGCGUUUCAUCGUCCGCAUGUGUCCGUACCAACCGAAUCCGACCUAAAUCCACAUCAGACGCAUGCCUGGAGCGCUGGACGUCGUUUGAGGCCAGCGACCCAACGGACUGGACCACGUCUUUGUUAACCAGAGGGCGUAACAGGCAACCGUUGGUUCUCGGGGACAACAGCUUUGCAGAUCUUAUUAAGAACUGGAUGGAUCUUCCAGAGUGCCCAGAUUCUGCAGAACUCAAGCCGAACGCCAGCCGCAAAAUAGCCAAGGACUUUCUGGUCAACAUGCGGCGGAAACUAGCGGGCGUGUCAAAGGGAGUUGAGGAGAGAAAGGCUUGCACUAAACGCAUGUCUUGUCCCGUGGGAUUUCAAGCCCCCAAACCCUUCUUUCACCAGUCCCACACAAGUUUGCACCAAUUGGGACCAGACUUUUACCAGUUCAGCGCUGUCAUGAAGACGGGGAGUCGACAGCCUAUCAUAUGCAAUGACAUCAUUGGAUACAUCUGAUGGGUUUAUGAAAAUGGACUGGAGUUUACUUUGAAAAUGUCUAAUAUUGUUCUAUGUAUUAAUAAAUAUUGUAAUAAAUGCUUUUUAUAUAAAAAUCUCUUGUUGCAUUUUUGUAGGAGUCAAGUAUGUUCAAAAACAUUUGUUGACCUGAAGAUUUCACAAUGUGAAUAUGGCAUAAAAGCUUUAAAAAGCAGAGUUGCGCCUUAAAUGUAUAGUUUAAAGCAAAAAUCUCGAGGCUUGUUGCUUUUAUAAAUCCGCUGCAAUUGAAAUGAAAACCGUCAAUUUUUUUUUUUUUCAAUGCAUUUAUUAAAGAAUCCGAAUAAACAAGUCUUACAGUUCAUAAUCUCCCAUUAUUUUUAAUGCUGGUCAACAUUCAAUUUGUUUGGCUCUCUUAAGUUUGACCAACUCCUGUGAUCAAAUCAUUAGAACUUUUCUAUUUCAUGUCUAUAAAUAUUUGUCUCUUAAAGAGUUGUGCGAUAGUUUAAACCUACCACCAAACAGCUCAUAUACUGGGCAAAUAUUAUACUUCAUUUCUAAAAGUCAGUAAUGAAGUGACUAAUGGAAUGCACUUGGCAAAAUAAGACUUCGCUGACAGAAUGAUAUGAGAUGUUGACAGUACUUUUAUUUUCAAUAUUAAGAAUUUUACUUUAGAAUUUGAAGGCUUGUGACCAGAAUACAUUAGAAAGAAAAAGACCCAGCUGUCAAGUCUUUUGUGAAUGAGACCCACUGCUGUAAUGUGAUUAGGACUGAACGCACACAAAUGUGUCUAAAGGUGAUUAAAUUAAUUAACUGAAGCAGAUGUAGCUCAUUUGGGUCUCUGGCUCUGCUCUGGAAGUGUUUACAUUCAUGCUAAUCGUGAGGUGAGGGGUGGGUGGUCAUGACUGCAUAACAAAGGGAUGAGGGCAGGAAUUAACAAACCACAGGGGUCAUAUUGAUACAGGACACAUCGUCAUGUUUAAAAGAAUUAACAGAAAGAGAUUUCACUUACAGACAGUAAAAUAAGAGAUU